CCACCUAAUCACUCCGAACCAGAGCGCGAGCAGCGGCGGCAGCAACAGCGGCGAGCAGAAGAGAAGGGGAACCGCGCGCGCGCAUCGAUGGGCAACUGCGCGGUCACGCAGCACGCCGUGACGUCGUGGGCGGACGACGGCGAGUGGGACGUGCCGUCGACGGAGGCCGAGGAGGAGGGGGCAGGAGCGGCCGCCGGGACGAGCGGGAGGAAGCAGGAGGAGCACGCGGCGGCGGAGGUGACCAUCCGGAUCACCCGGAAGCAGCUGCAGGAGCUGAUGGAGAAGAGGGCCGGCGGCCUCCACGGGCUCCGGAGCCGGCGGCGGGCCGCGGCGCAGCUGCUGGCCGACGUCAUGAACGCCGGGCGGGUCUACCACCACUGCAAGGCGGCGCACUGGAAGCCCGCGCUGCAGAGCAUCCCGGAGGCCGUCGAGUCAUGAUGACGCGUGCUAGAGCAUGGCGAGGUGCUAUUGCCAUGGCGUUUGCCUGGCUCUCGCUCCUCUUCGUCUCCGGUUGCUUCCUCGUAGUUGCAGUCUAUGUUAGUAGAUCGCACAUCGCAGGCAGCUUUCUUGCAUUGGGUGGCUUGCCGUGUCGUUCUUUCAGUUCGGAUGCAAUAUGCGACGGAAGAUGUACAGUGCAGUGCAGUACCAAGUAGUACUAGGAUUAGUGGUGAUAGACUCGACGAUUGUAAAUGAGACUCCCGUUGAGCCCACAGAGAAACUUGAGAACGAAGUGUGAAUUUCAUGAGCAACUACCCAUGUUUUGGCGAA